AUGGUCAGGACAAGAGGUAAUAGGAGACCUCCGGCAGAUGAAGAAUCUGAUAGCGAAGCCACUCAAUCAAUGGGAAAUAGGAAUCAAAAUCGAAACGAUGUUAAUGCUCUGGCCCAAGUACUAGCACAGGCGUUGAGGGGGGCAUUGCCUCAACAACCUCAGGCGGAAAGUGGAAAUGGAAUAGUAGCUCAGUUCCGGAGCAUGGCACCACCGACGUUGAAAGGAAACGAGGGACCUUUGGGGACUGAAGAGUGGAUGCGUCAGAUGGAACGCAUUUUCAACUACAUGCGCUGUAGAGAUGACACGAAGGUGACAUGUGCGGCCUUCCAACUUAUAGAUGAUGCAGGGCAUUGGUGGGAGUCAGAAACUGCUGCCCUUACUGAGGAGCAGGUGAGAGCCAUCAGCUGGCGGACUUUCAAGGAGAAAGUGAUGGGGAAGUAUUUCCCAAAAGCUUUUCGCAAGCAAAAGAAGAUAGAGCUCAUGAACCUGGAGCAAGGGAACCUGACCGUGCUGGAAUACGAGCAAAAAUUUACCCAACUAGCUCGUUUCGCCCCUCACUUGGUGGACACUGAUGAGAAGAAGGCAUGGAGGUUCGAGAAUGGGUUACGCCCUGAGAUUGGUGGACACUUGGCGGCUCUCAACAUCACAUCAUACUCAGAAAUCUUGGAGCGAGCUCAAGCAGUCGCAUCACGCCUCAAACUAGACAACUCGGUUGCUCGACCUCAACAUACUGGAGGAAAGAGGCAGUGGGACAAUCGAGACAAAAAAAGAAACAAUCAACCAGAAAAGAAACCAAGGAGUAAUAUGGGAGACAACCAAGGAUUUGUGCCGAACAAGCCUCUAUGCCCACGUUGCCAGCGUCACCAUUUCGGAGAGUGCAGAUAUGGCGAAAAUGUAUGUUACCGAUGUCACAAAGGAGGACAUAUGGCGAUGAACUGCCCAGAAGCACGGAGAACAAAUGCCCCGAACAACAAUAUCCCAACCUGGCGGAACAAGAAUAAUAACUGGGGAAGAAAUCAGGGCAACAACAACAACAACAAUAGUGCUCGUAGGGGGGAGGCACGAGUCUAUGCCAUAAACCAGGAGGAGAUGGAUGGGGAGGCUCAGACCAUGUCAAGUAUCUUACCCGUUCUGAACAAGUCUGCUUUAGUACUAUUUGAUUCUGGUGCUUCACACUCGUUUAUUGCAAAGAGAUUUUAUGAAAAGGCUGAUGUGAAGUGCGUUGAGGAAAACCAACCCUUGAGAGUAAGUAUUCCAUCAGGAAAGGCGGUGGAAAUAGAUCGUUUGGCUAAAGGAGUACGAGUGGAAAUUGGAAAGAGAACCCUGGAGGCAGAACUGUUCAUCCUGGAAAUGACGGACUUCAACGUAAUCCUAGGCAUGGAUUGGUUGAGUCAGAACCAUGCGGUGAUUAAGUGUCGUGACCGCGAAGUAGUCUUUCAACACCCAGGGAAGGACCAAUUUUCCUUUCGAGGGAACAAAACUAGGAGGACUCCCCAUAUCAUCUCUGCCAUGAAAGCUGUCAACAUGAUGAAGAAGGCGGAUUGUCAAACAUGUCUAGUGAACGUGAUGAGCUCAACACCUGCAGAUUUGAAGAUCGAGGACAUACCUGUUGUGAGGGAAUACCCAGAGGUGUUUCCAGAGGAUGUAACUGGAAUACCACCGGACAGACAGGUGGAGUUCACCAUCGACCUUAUUCCAGGAGCAACACCCAUAUCUAAAGCACCAUAUAGAAUGGCACCACCCGAGUUGGAGGAAUUAAAGAUCCAAAUCCAGGAGCUCUUGGACAAAGGGUUCAUACGUCCUAGUGUAUCCCCUUGGGGUGCACCCGUCUUGUUUGUGAAGAAGAAAGACGGGACCAUGAGAAUGUGCAUCGACUACCGUGAACUCAACAAACUCACCAUCAAGAACAAAUACCCUUUGCCUAGAAUCGAAGAUUUAUUCGAUCAACUGAAGGGAGCAGGAGUUUUCUCAAAAAUCGAUCUGAGGUCAGGUUAUCAUCAACUAAGGGUGAAGGAGUCCGAUAUUUUAAAGACGGCUUUUCGAACAAGGUACGGGCAUUAUGAGUUCACAGUAAUGCCUUUUGGACUAUCAAAUGCACCAGCGGUGUUCAUGGAUUUAAUGAACCGGGUUUUCCAUCAAUACCUGGAUAAGUUCGUCAUCGUUUUCAUAGAUGACAUACUGGUGUACUCAAGAGAUCAAAGUCAACAUGAAGAGCAUUUGCGUUUAGUAUUGGAGACACUCCAGAAGGAAAAGUUGUACGCCAAAUUCAGCAAGUGCGAAUUCUGGCUUGAUCGGGUUGUAUUUCUUGGACACGUGGUCUCAGCCCAAGGAAUUGAAGUGGAUCCAUCGAAGGUUGAAGCAGUUCACAACUGGGAACCACCCAAGAAUGCGGGAGAAGUUCGAAGUUUCUUAGGCCUGGCAGGAUACUACCGUCGUUUCAUCGAAGGUUUCUCAAAGAUAGCAAGCCCAAUGACCCGGUUGACAAGGAAAGGAGUAACUUUUGAAUGGGAUGAUAAAUGCGAAAAGAGUUUCCAGGAACUGAAGCAGAGGCUGACGACAGCACCCGCAGAAUUUUCCGCGAAUUAG